AUGAGCUCUCCAGGAAUGACUCGCAAGCGACCUGCCCCAGGGACUGCCCCUGCGGCGCAUCCGCAGAUGGGUGGCGCCGUCCCGAACUACGCCAAUCCGGGCUCUCAGCUCUCUAACGACCAGUUCUUGCAAUGGGGCCAAAAUCCUGCCUCGAAUGCGAUCAAUACAGCCGCUUUAAAUGAGGCGGCCUCGACCUAUAACCAGCAAGUAUACCAAGCGAACCAAGACAUCUCCGCCGCCGCCUCGAAUCAGCUCGCUCGCCGUCAGCAGACAAGCCAGCAGUUGGUUAGUCGAAACCGCGGAUAUGAACAAGCGCCGACGGUAUACCCCGAUCACAACGCGACGGUCGGCCCACCAGGCGAAUCAGGCGCCUGGGGAGAAUCAUUGGAGGAGCUUUAUCAACGUGCCCAGGUCGCGAAGAGAGAGUCACAGGCCAAGAGGAAACAGAUUCCACCAUUUGUGCAGAAGCUCAGCAGCUUUCUGGACGAGUCAAAGAAUACCGAGUUAAUUCGAUGGUCCGAUGAUGGAAACUCUUUUAUUGUACUGGACGAAGACGAGUUCGCGAGAACCUUGAUCCCGGAGCUCUUUAAGCAUAACAAUUACGCAUCGUUCGUUCGACAGCUCAACAUGUACGGUUUUCACAAGAAAGUGGGUUUGUCGGACAACUCGAUGCGAGCGAGCGAGCGGAAAAACAAGAGUCCAAGCGAAUACGCCAAUCCUUACUUCAAACGUGGCCACCCAGAUCUACUCUGGCUGAUCUCUAAACCGAAAAAUGCACCUGGCCAUGCGAGCAAACCAAGCAAAGGUGGCGCACGUGUGAAGACAGAGGAUGCUGAGGAGAACGAUAUGGAUGAUUUCGCCGAAGAAGCAGGAUCUAUAUCUCGCGACGAACGUGGGCGGCCCAACCAGCUGUCCCUCCGCACGGACAGUUCUAUGCCCCAGGACCAAUUGGCUGGAGUGUACCGAGAGCUGCAAGCGAUUCGUCAACAGCAAUCAAUAAUAUCGGGCACUAUCAGUCGGCUUCGGAAGGAGCACGAACAGCUGUACUCUCAAGCGGCCAAUUUCCAAGAGCAACAUACUCGCCACGAAAACUCUAUUAACGCCAUCCUCACAUUCCUCGCCACAGUCUAUAAUCGCAGUUUGCAAGGAGGGGAUGGAACACAAAACAUUGCCAACUCAUUUGCUGGUGCUAUCUCCGGAGACCAAGGGAAUAUUGUUGAUGUGGAUGACUUCUCCUUCAAUCCUUUGGCCUCCAUGGCCAGCCCGACCGGCCAACGGGCAAUGAAAAAGCAGCCUCUACUUCUCAAAGCUCCUCCUACGACAGAUGAUCAAAACCGGGCGACUACACUCUCACCUGCAGCUGUUGGUCAAUAUGAAACCCGGUCCCGGGGCCAUGCUCGCCAACCUAGUGCUACCCACCAUGGCCACGUGGAAGAAGUUCUCGACAAUAGCCCGCGGCAAGACAGGUCUAGCAUCCCUUCGCAGAACCAAGGAGAUGACAAUGAUACCCAACGGGAUAUCAUGUCCGUGAUUCAGAACUCCAACGCGCGAAAUGGGAUUCCUACAAACUUCUCCGAGUUCCCCAAUGUUCUAUCCUCUCUCGAAACAUCAGGCGGCAACAUCCCCCUUACGCAGAACCAGCGUGAAGAUAUGUUACGUUUGAUGGGCAAUGAGAUUAACACUGCGAACCCGGCUGGAUCCAACACACACAAUGCUCUCACCGACCCGAACCCGCCUCCAAUGCCGCCAAACUACUCUGGCCGCCUCGCCAGUACUCGGCAAGAGAUCGACAACCUAGUCAAGAUGCAGGCAGAGCAAGACCGUUCUGUCCAAAACCUCACCAACCUGCUCCAGCCAUUAAGUCCCAAUGGCGCCAUCCCUGGUCUAAGCGAGGGGGAUGGCAGUGUCCCGCCUCCACCGCUUGAUCUCGAUCAAAUAUUCAACAAUGACUAUUUCACCGACAUUGGCGACGGUGAUAACGAAAUCAAGAGUCUCAAUCUGGGAGACAGCGGAGCACAUGAAUCGGGAAUGGGCGCAAACACACACGAUCAUCUGAGCAAUGUCCAGCCCGAUGAUGGUGAUACCAAUGAUCUAUUUGAUUUCGAUCAUCUUCCCGGUGAGGGCGAUCUGUUCGAUGGAAGUCACCAGGGGCAGUCAGGCUACAACUAUGGCUUUGACGGUAGUCAUGAGUAUGGUGAUACUGGGGCCGACCACAAAUUGGACACGGGUCGUGUUAUUGAACAGUUGACAGACAGUGAAGCUACAAGUCCUGCGGCGGCGGAUGAACAGGCAGGCGACGCUGUGAAUGAUGGAGGCAGUGCCAAACGACGCAGGAGGGCAUAG